AUUUUCAUAAUGAAUGGGUGGGUUGUGGUUCAUGUAGAAAUGCUGGCAGUGUAGGUGUAAGCCAAGCACGCGUUCAUCAGAAUGGAGAAGAAUCACGCCGGCGGCGGUAAGCGGAAACGGAAACCCUCCUCCGGCGACCCUUACCUUCACGUUCAACUCUCCGACGUCAAUGGCAUCUUCGCUCUGCUACUGUCAUCCCUCUCCAACCUCCACCAACCCCACUCUCUUCCCUUCAUCAACAAAUGCUUAUUCAAACUCCACCCCUCUCUUCUUCUCUCCCAAUCCUCACUCUCACCCAUCCUCGCUCUGCUUCCAUCCCUCCUUGCCUCCACAAAUUCCCAAAUCGCGCGCCGCGUCGCAGAUAUCAUCGGCGCCGCCUCUCUUGCUUCGCUCGACCUCAACGAAGAAAUCGCAUCCGAUUGUGAAACCGUCAAGGGGUUAAUCUCGCUGCUGGAGAAUCCUAACAGGAAGGUUCUGUUCUCCGCCUGCAAUGCGGUCCUGGACUUGGCAACUACCACUCUUGCACAACAGCAACUUCUCAAUCUUUCUGCCUUGGAGAAACUCAUGUUUGUGUUUCUUCAGAUUUUUACGGGUGUGAAAUCCGUGUGUUUAUGGUCUGAGGGCGAUGAGAGCUUUCACUCUUUCAAGAUUGGGAUUAGGGAAGAUGAAUUAUCAGUGGUUAUUCUCAGUGCAACUGUUGUUCUUAUCAAUGCCUGUGAAGUUGAGCAGCUAAAAAAUGUCCCUAGAAGCCUUUCUGAACCAGUGCUGUGUCUUUUUAAAGAGAUAAGGGCAAGGGUAAGUGAUCGCGUGGUGGACGGAGAUGCUGAGAAAUCUGGUGAAGAAGGACGUCUUUAUAAAAGCAACAUUGGAGUUAGUAACCUUGCAGAAAGCAUCUUUAGGCUUUCCAUUGAUGCUUCUCAACUUACUGUCUCGUUGCCAUUUGAAGUUGUUCAGAGAGGUCUUUUUGGGAGUGAUUUUGAAGAUUUUAUGUCAAAUUACUGGGAAGUUUCGCCUUUUCUUCUAUCAAGGGAAUUAAAGGAUCUAAAUAUGGAUGAUAUGUUCAGCCCAUUUAUACAAUCUUUGGGGUGGAAUGGGAGUGUUCCUUCCCUUCUUUCCUCGAUACUCAAAGGUCUAGUGUCUUGUUUUCCUAUUGCUUCCGAUGAGCAAAACAUCCUCAAUUUUUUGAAUGAGGUGAAAGAUAGAUUGGGUUGUCCUUUGAUCUACCAGCAGGAUAUACGGGUUGUGAAAACAGAGAGCCAAACAGGAAAAGAGAUGCAUUACUUUCAGGACUUUCAUCCUGGCUGCACUAAAGAGCCUCUGUAUUUGACUGUUGAUGAUGUCUUAAAGUGUGGGCAAGCAUAUGAAGAGGGAUAUACAGUUGCCCUGCGUGGUCUGGAGUUUCGCUAUCAGAGCAUUGCUGCUAUUACAGAUACAUUAGCACUUAUGUUUGGCCAACCUUCAGUAGGUGCCAAUUGGUACUUAACACCACCUAAUUCUCAGGGUCUGGCUUGUCACUUUGAUGAUCACUGUGUACUUGUGUGCCAGAUUUUCGGUUCCAAGCAGUGGACUGUAUUUCCUCGAACCAGUCAGCUAUUACCUCGUUUAUAUGAUAAUCUAUGUGGUUCUAAUAUUGACUGUACGAAAUCUGGUAGAAGAGAGUUCUUUCUCAGGGAGGGUGAUGUAUUAUAUAUUCCCAGGGGUUUUCCUCAUGAAGCAUGCACAAACUCUGGUGUUGGUGAUGGUUCAACUCAGUUUUCGUUGCACCUUACACUUAGUAUUGAGGUUGAACCUCCUUUUGAGUGGGAAGGAGUAGCUCAUUUUGCACUUCGUUGCUGGAAUGAAAACCAGAAAAGGCCAUGUUAUGAUGACUUGAACUCUUUGUCUCAAAAACUUGAUCUUGUCUCUGUGAAUCUGUUACAUCUUGCCAUUGGGAUCAUUAGCAAUUCUGAUCCUAGCUUUCGAAAAGCAUGCUUGACUGCUGCAGUCUCCUUGCCACCAGGUGUUUAUAAUAGGCUUGUUCAGAAUCAGAGAAACACUUUCCUCCACGUAAUUGAUAAAAUUCAUACUGAAUCAAGAUUCUUGGAAGUGUUAAGUUGCAUAGAGGUUGCAAUUCGGAAUAAUGAAGAUCCAUUUCGUCAAAUCCGAUGGCUCUGGGCUAUGGAAAACGAGACCAGCAGUGGACACAACACUAAUAAAUCUUUUAUGAUUGAAGAUCAACUCUCUUUGUGUGCCCAACACAAGGACAAAUUGGAAGCUGCUUUUUUGAAUGUGAAGUCCAGGUUUUGUAGUGAGGUGGUAUUUGAGGAUGUUGUAACUAGUCACAGGAUGCUGCUUCAGAAGUAUAGAAAAACUAGAAGGCAAUAUAUAAAUGGAAUGGUUUCACUUCAUGAUAAAUUGUAAUACUACUAUUUUGUUUUGCUUUAAAUUUCAUUGCUUGGGUGAGAUGAAUUAUAUUCUUCUAGUGGAAUGCCUGACAUCAGCAGCGUCUUAGCUGCCAACUCAUCAGGUCAGUACGCUUCUGCAAGCUACCGCUUAGAAGUUAUACAUGGAUGUAGUAAACUACAUAAGCAAUGAAAAUGAAUUAUGCAA